AUUUUUGUAAAAAGCGUGUAACAACACAAUAUAAAUAAAAUCGUCGGAAUUUUAAAAUUUAGUCAAUCACAGACUUGCAUUCAUGAUAUCAACAAAAAUGUACGCGAAACUAUUAGUGAUUUUUUCUGCUUGCAUCGCAAUAUCCUCGACUUCCAUAAUCCACGGCUGGCCUCAAAAUCAAGUUUACGACGUUCACGGUAACAUCAAGCACGACCAACAUCACGGAAACACUCAGAAUUGCUGCCUCGUUCGAGGAUGUGACAUAAACACACUACGGUGCUCAACGAGCGUGCAAUGCGGCCACAUCUGCUCCAACGGUGAUUACCCCAAGGCGGAGUAUGGACAUACUCCCGGCUACCGGUUGAAGAGCACCUACACCAAAAACGACUGCGUUUUCGAGGAAUGCCAGUUGUACCGGUACACUUGCAGCCAUUGCCCCGAUCCCUCCGCCACCGAUUUCAACGUUAAUUUAGUGCGCAAGGAUUGCAGGGAAUGCUACCAACGUGAUUAUUAUUAUUAAACAAAUUUAC